UGGCACACCAUUUGUUCUUAUAAAUACCCUUUUCAAAUCCCCCAAUAUUCAUUUCAUUGCCUUUGAAGUUUUACCAACCAUGAACACUUCUCUUAUAUGUCUUCUACUUCUUCUCCUACCUCUCUUAGCUUCAUGUGUUGACACCAAGGUGUAUAUAGUGUACUUGAGGCAUAAUGAUGAUGAUAAUGAUAAUGGAAAGAAAACAUUGAAUGAGAUUGAGGAAAGUCAUGUUUCUUACCUAUUUUCAAUCAAAAAGUUUGAAGAGGGAGCAAGAUCAUCCCUCCUUUAUAGCUAUAAGCAUAGCAUCAAUGGCUUCGCCGCCUUGCUUACCGCCGACGAGGCGUCUCAACUCUCCGAUAUGAAAGAGGUAGUGAUGGUGAUACCAAGCCAUGAAAGGGAAUAUUCAUUGCAUACCACAAGGUCAUGGGAAUUUGUAGGCUUAGAUGAAGAAUUGAAGCCAAAUCAAGUGAAUAGAGAGGACUUGUUAUUCAAAUCUCAAUAUGGCAAAGAUGUCAUUGUUGGCAUGAUGGAUAGUGGAGUGUGGCCAGAAUCAGAGAGCUUCAGUGAUCGAGGUAUGGGACCCAUUCCAGUUUCUUGGAAAGGUAUCUGCCAAACUGGACCCAGUUUCAAAUCAACGCACUGCAACAGAAAACUGAUAGGGGCCCGGUACUACCUCAAAGGUUAUGAAGCACGAUACGGGCCUCUAAACACCACCACUGAUAGCCGGUCCCCUCGUGACAUGGACGGGCAUGGGACCCACACGGCAUCAACGGUGGGAGGCCGAGGCGUACCCAACGCGUCAUCCCUUGGUGGGUUUUCACGUGGGACCGCUUUUGGUGGUGCACCAAUGGCCCGCCUGGCCAUCUACAAAGUCUGCUGGCCGGUACCUUCCAAAGGUAAAGAAGACGGGAACACGUGCCUCUUUGAAGACAUGUUAGCCGCUAUUGACGAUGCCAUUCGUGACGGUGUUCAUAUACUCAGCAUUUCGAUCGGGUCGACUAGCCCGAUUGAUUACACACAAGAUGGGCUUGCACUCGGAGCCCUACAAGCGACUAAAAAUAACAUUUUGGUUGUUUGUAGCGGAGGUAAUGAAGGCCCGACCCCAUCCACGGUCGUUAACACCGCCCCGUGGAUUUUCACUGUUGCGGCUAGUUCCAUUGAUCGGGCUUUUGUUGCCCCGAUUCAGCUAGGAAAUGGACAUAAAAUCAAGGGUGAGUCAGCAACUCCAUACAAGCUACCACAUAGGAAAAUGUAUCAACUUGUUUAUGCAGGAGAGGUUGUGAAUGCAGAUGUACCUAAUACAUACAUAGCAGGCCAAUGCUUACCUGGUUCAUUAUCCCCUCAAAAAGCCAAGGGCAAAAUUGUCUUUUGCUUACGAGGGAACGGGACGAGAGUUGGUAAAGGGAUGGAAGUGAAACGGGCCGGUGGGAUCGGGUACAUUUUAGGCAACAGCCCGCGCAAUGGAGCUGAGUUAACCGUAGACGCUCAUGUUCUUCCAGCAACUUCAGUCACAUCAGAUGAUGCGAUAAAAAUUCUUCAAUACAUAAAUUCGACAAAAACCCGAACAGCGUAUAUUUAUCCGGGGAAAACCGUAUUACAAGUUAAACCCGCUCCGUUAAUGGCUGCAUUCUCAAGUAGAGGCCCAAAUGCAAUUUCACCCGAGAUUCUCAAGCCUGAUAUUGCUGCACCGGGGUUGAAUAUAUUAGCAGCAUGGACAGGCGGUAACGCUCCAACGAAGAUAGCGAAUGACCACAGAAGAGUAAAAUACAACCUACUUUCCGGAACUUCAAUGGCGUGCCCUCAUGUAGCGGCUGCAGCUGCACUGCUUAAAGCAAUCCACCCCGAUUGGAGCAGUGCCGCUAUAAAAUCUGCACUUAUAACCACUGCUGGGACAGUAAAUAACGUUGGGACACAAAUAACCGACGCAUCAGGCAACAAGGCGGAUCCAUUUCAAUACGGGUCGGGCCAUUUCAGACCAGAAAAAGCAGCUGAUCCUGGGCUCGUCUACGAUGCUUCCUACACAGAUUAUCUCUUAUUUCUAUGCAGUCGUGGCGAUCUAAAAUCCAACCCAGCUUUCACAUGCCCCCAAACCACACCUUCAACUCAAAACCUAAACUACCCGACUUUCAGUUUCCCGCAACUAAAUGGCAAAGUGACCGUGGGAAGAACGGUUACGAAUGUCGGCGGUAAAGGGAGUGUUUACUUUGCUAGUGUGGAACCACCAAUGGGAAUAACUGUCAAGGUUUCUCCACCUGUAUUGCAUUUUAACCGUGCCGGUGAGACGAAGAGCUUCGAGUUAACGGUUGAAGGUAGUUGGAAGGCGGAGAAAGGGGUGUACUCGUUUGGGUGGCUCACUUGGAGUGAUGGCAUUCAUAUUGUUAGAAGUCCUAUUGCAGUGUCUACUGUUUAGUAAUAAUGUUAAUCAGGCUUCAUCUUAUUAUAUGACAUUACAAAGUUGUUGGAAAUCACAACAUAGAUGAAUAAUUAAAGUUAACAUACGAACAUGAAAUCAGGAAAUUGCAGGUUUUGUUUUCUAAUUUCAGAUUAUGUUUUUAACAUAUGUCUGUGUGAUCAGUUAUGAAAUUAGGGUUUGCAA